UACCUUCUCUCUUUCUCUUUCUCUUUCUCGCUCUUCCUUUCUCUCUCUAGAGCUUGCCCACAUUUAUUUUCCUUUCUCUCACAUACCCUAAAUAAUUCCCAUCCCCUUGCCAUGAGAGAGAAUCACUCAAAUCUGUUAGAAACAGUAUAGAGGAGGAGAGGAAAUGUCCUUCCUCCUCCCAACCAAUAUCUCCUCCUACCCAUUCAGAUAACCCAACCAUUCUCUCCCCCUUUAUCUCUCUCUAGAAAUCUACAUGUUUUCUCUUUCUCUCUCUACAAACUCAUUCACUCACUCACUCUCUCUCUAUCCUUCUCUAUAACUCUCUAUCUAUCUAUUUUCUAUCUACCCAUUUGCUGGUUCAGUUUUAUCGGUCUUCUGUUUGUGUAACAGUAGCCCACCUUGAUGCUCUUUCUGAUCAAAAGAGUGUUCCCUGAUUGGAAUCCAGACAUGAUAUUGAAUAUGCAGAUUUUGUGUUGCAUUUCUUUUGAAGAGUGUUUCCCACAAUAUCUGUUUGUCUAGCUCUGCGGGAUUAUGAAGUUAUCAGAAGUGUAAGGACUGGAAAUUAAUUACCCAUCUUUAGAUCCAUCAGGACAAAAGAAGAAGAACAACAGAAGCCUAAGAAUUAGCAAAUCAAAAGUGAAAUUUAUUGCGAGCCUCUUAAGAGGCUAGAAGGGAGGACAAAAUCUCUCCCACACUCUCUUUCUUUUCUCUCUCUCUACUGUAUUUGUGUAUGGGGAAAGAAUGCCGGAGCUGCGUAGUGGAGUAAGGCAACCUCGGCUUAGAUCGAAGAGAGUUGAGGAGUUACAAAACCCAGUUGUCGAAGCCAUAGCUGACCCUUGGGGUCCACCCAUUCCUAAUAAAACCACCAAGAGAGGUUCAGGUAGAGGCAAGAACUGCAAUGGCACAGUAGUAAAAUUACCUUCUCCUAAACAAAGGGUGGGUGGGAGGGGCCGAGGUGUUAGAUUGGCGAACUUGGAUCAACCUUGUGAGAAUUUACCGAUUGGUGUUGGAGGUAGGGAAGAAGCCAAUUUGAAUCUAGGGGUUCGAGAGAAAGUGGCAGUCCCAGACCAGGCAAUGGAAGAGAGAAGCGCAGAUAAGUUGUUGGGAGCUGAAGAGGAAGGAAGCACAGCGAAACUUCCUGAAAGAAUACAGUUAGGCAACUCCCCUGUUUACAAGCUAGAAAGGAAGCUGGGUAAAGGGGGUUUUGGUCAGGUUUAUGUCGGGAGAAGGAUUACUGGUGGAACCGAACGGACUGGACCAGAUGCUGUUGAAGUUGCCUUGAAGUUUGAGCACCGCUCCAGUAAGGGAUGCAAUUACGGGCCUCCUUAUGAGUGGCAGGUUUACAACACACUGAAUGGAUGUUAUGGGCUGCCUUUGGUUCAUCACAAGGGGCGUCAAGGGGACUACUACAUUCUGGCCAUGGACAUGCUUGGUCCGAGUCUUUGGGAUGUCUGGAAUUCUUCAGGCCAAGCGAUGUCUACUGAGAUGGUUGCUUGCAUCGCAGUGGAGGCAAUAUCCAUAUUGGAGAAACUUCAUUUAAAAGGAUUUGUUCAUGGUGAUGUAAAACCUGAGAAUUUUCUACUGGGUCAGCCAGGAUCAGCUGAUGAGAAGAAGCUUUAUCUUGUGGAUCUUGGAUUAGCAUCUAAAUGGAAGGAUGCAUCAUCUGGUCAUCAUGUCGAAUAUGAUCAGAGGCCUGAUGUUUUCAGGGGUACUAUACGUUAUGCAAGUGUGCAUGCUCAUUUAGGUAGAACAGGGAGCCGAAGGGAUGACCUUGAGUCAUUGGCAUACACUUUGAUAUUUCUUCUCAGAGGGAGGCUACCCUGGCAAGGUUAUCAGGGAGACAACAAAAGCUUUCUUGUGUGUAAGAAGAAGAUGGCAACUUCUCCAGAGAUUCUUUGCUGCCUUUGCCCUUACCCGUUCAAACACUUUCUUGAGAUGGUGACAAACAUGAAAUUUGAUGAAGAGCCAAACUAUUCAAAACUUAUUUCCCUUUUUGAACGUAUCAUUGGACCCAAUGCAUCUUUGAGGCCAAUAAGAACUGAUGGGGCUCUGAAGGUGGGACAAAAACGUGGAAGAUUACUUGUUGAACUAGAAGAUGAUGACCAACCAAAGAAGAAAGUUCGUCUAGGCACCCCUGCAACCCAAUGGAUCUCAGUGUAUAAUGCCCGUCGGCCCAUGAAGCAAAGGUAUCAUUACAAUGUUGCGGAUUCAAGACUUCACCAACAUGUGGAGAAGGGAAAUGAGGAUGGAUUGUACAUUAGUUGCAUCGCUUCUUCAUUGAAUCUUUGGGCUUUGAUUAUGGAUGCGGGUACAGGAUUUACUUCCCAGGUUUAUGAACUCUCAGCAAUUUUCUUACAUAAGGACUGGAUUAUGGAGCAAUGGGAAAAAAAUUACUAUAUCAGCUCAAUAGCUGGGGCAAACAAUGGAGGCUCCUUGGUUGUAAUGUCUAAAGGAACACCUUAUUCUCAACAAUCAUACAAAGUGAGUGAUUCGUUUCCUUUCAAAUGGAUCAACAAGAAGUGGAGGGAGGGAUUCUAUGUCACCUCCAUGACAACUUCUGGCAAUCGAUGGGGUGUUGUUAUGUCACGAAAUGCAGGAUUCUCCGAUCAGGUCGUGGAACUUGAUUUCCUAUACCCAAGUGAGGGGAUUCAUCGAAGGUGGGAAAAUGGGUUCCGGAUAACUUCUACUGCUGCCACAGUUGAUCAAGCUGCAUUCAUACUCAGUGUCCCCAAAAGAAAAAUGUCUGAUGAGACUCAAGAAACUCUUCGCACUUCCGCUUUUCCUAGUACCCAUGUCAAGGAGAAGUGGUCGAAGAAUCUGUAUAUAGCCUCUGUCUGUUACGGGAGAACGGUGUCCUGAGGGACUCUAGCCAUUUCCUUAAUUUUGGCUCAAGUGGGUUCCAUUUUCUGCAACUUUUUAUUAUUUAUAUCCUCUCUGACUAGUGGUUUUAUCCAUUAUAAAUUCCUUCCAUGUUAAAAUUGAAUGUGUAAUUGGAUCUUGUUUCAGGCUUCAGCCCAUAUAACAAAUCAUCCCUUUACCUUGUAGAGACUCUGUAAGCUUAUUAUGUUGCACCUCAAAUGUAUUUUCUCUUUUGAAUAUAUUGUUGCAGAGUGUAGAUCGAGAAUCUUGCUUGUAAUCAAAGGAGAGGUUCACUCCACUUUACAGCAUAAAAGUCGGAUUUCCACAUUUGCUUAUGGAUUGUAUACAAUGGGACAUUGGUGUCGUGGCUUU